UGAGGAGGACCUCCACAAACAGACACGGCGCGGGCUGAGAAUCUGAGCUGGUGCAGAAAAUGAGACCCAGAGAGAAAUGGCCAGAAGCUGCAGGGCUCUCUGGAAACCUGCCAUGUGACAUUUGGCUGCCAGCGCUCCGUCGGAAGGUCAAAGGGGGGCCCCGGUGCACAUUUCAUGGAAAUGCAGAAAACCAGUGCACAGACACAAAACCUCCAGCAGCACCAUUACCAGCACGACUUCUUCUUCGGCGACUCUCUGGAUGAUGUCAGUGGGUUCGCGUGCGCUGCAGCCGCACAACAACAACCUCUGGCGCAAAUGGAGACGUUUGAUCGCCGGAGGUCAAAGCAGCAGCAGCAGUUUCCUCCGAGCAAAAAGAUUUUCCCCUGGAUGAAAGAGUCCAGACACUCAAACCAGAAACACGGAAGGAGAAUCGCAGACUGCACCGUCAACGAGAAGUGUCCGAGCGCGACCCCGGCCUCCAAGAGGACGCGCACCGCGUACACGAGCGCGCAGCUGGUGGAGCUCGAGAAGGAGUUUCACUUCAGCCGCUACCUGUGCAGGCCGCGGCGCGUGGAGAUGGCCGGCCUGCUCAACCUGCACGAGAGGCAGAUCAAGAUUUGGUUUCAGAACCGAAGGAUGAAGCAGAAGAAGGACGAGAGAGUGCAGGGCCUCAUCACCUCCUCCUCCUCCUCCUCCACCAACACCUCCUCCUCCUCACCCCCGUCCUCCCCCUCCGCCCCGGGCAGCCCCACUCUGUCGAGCCUGGGUUAUGUCCAUCUGGGCGGGGAUUACCAACCCGCCUCCCCUUCGCUAAAAUCCCAACCGGUGUACCCGGAAUACUCCAAAUAUCCAGCUCCGGGUUUCACGCAGCUUAAUUAUGACACGCGCACCGCCUCGCGCACAACUAACGUGGAUCAUAACGGGUCAUAUUUCCCACAGAGCUGCACUCAGGACAGAAUCAUGCAAGCUCCAAAACUGACUCAUCUGUAG